CGGAGCCGGGAGGAGCCGCGAGCGCAGCGGAGGAAGAGGACGGAGAGGAGGAGGAGAAGGUGGUGGCUGCGUCCCUGAGGGGCCGAGCUGAUCUCGAGGCAAGGGAGCGGAGGCCGUUUGGAGGUGCCCCGGAUCGGGACCCGCCACGGGGCGCAGGGCGCACGGGCCGAGAGCUGCGGGGCCGAGGUCUGCGGCUUGGUGCAUGAGGGGCCCGCAGCGGCGCGGCGGCGGUGGGGAUGGUUCGGGCCGCGGAGCCGGAGUGGCCUGGGUUCUGGUGAGGCGAGACAGUCUAUCAUGACUGUGUUCAGGCAGGAAAACGUGGACGACUACUACGACACCGGCGAGGAACUGGGCAGCGGACAGUUCGCGGUGGUGAAGAAAUGCCGUGAGAAAAGCACUGGUCUUCAGUAUGCGGCCAAGUUCAUCAAGAAAAGGAGGACCAAGUCCAGCCGACGGGGUGUGAGUCGUGAGGACAUCGAACGGGAAGUCAGCAUCCUGAAGGAGAUCCGCCACCCGAACGUCAUCACCCUGCAUGAGGUCUAUGAGAACAAGACCGAUGUCAUUCUGAUCCUGGAGCUUGUUGCAGGGGGUGAACUGUUUGACUUCUUGGCUGAGAAAGAAUCCCUGACUGAAGAGGAAGCAACGGAAUUUCUCAAGCAGAUUCUCAGUGGUGUUUACUACCUACACUCGCUUCAGAUCGCCCACUUUGACCUGAAGCCGGAAAACAUAAUGCUUCUGGAUAGAAACGUGUCCAAGCCUCGGAUCAAGAUCAUCGACUUCGGCCUGGCCCAUAAAAUCGACUUUGGAAAUGAAUUCAAAAAUAUAUUUGGGACACCAGAGUUCGUGGCUCCAGAGAUUGUCAACUAUGAGCCCCUUGGUCUCGAGGCAGACAUGUGGAGCAUCGGGGUAAUAACCUACAUUCUCCUAAGUGGGGCCUCCCCAUUUCUUGGAGACACCAAGCAAGAAACAUUAGCGAAUGUAUCUGCUGUCAACUAUGAAUUUGAAGAGGAAUUCUUCCGUAAUACCAGUGCCCUUGCCAAAGAUUUCAUCAGGAGACUGCUGGUCAAGGAUCCAAAGAAAAGGAUGACAAUCCAGGACAGUUUGCAGCACCCCUGGAUUAAGCCUAAAGAUACACAACAAGCUCUUAGUCGAAAAGCCUCAGCAGUAAACAUGGAGAAAUUCAAGAAGUUUGCAGCUCGGAAGAAAUGGAAACAAUCUGUUCGCUUGAUAUCACUGUGCCAAAGAUUAUCCCGGUCGUUUUUGUCCAGAAGUAACAUGAGCGUGGCCAGAAGCGAUGAUACUCUGGACGAGGAAGACUCCUUUGUGAUGAAAGCCAUCAUCCAUGCCAUCAAUGAUGACAACGUCCCAGGCCUGCAGCACCUUCUGGGCUCGCUGUCCAGCUAUGACGUUAACCAGCCCAACAAGCAUGGGACACCUCCGUUACUGAUUGCUGCCGGCUGUGGGAAUAUCCAGAUGCUUCAGUUACUCAUCAAACGAGGCUCAAGGAUCGAUGUCCAGGAUAAGGGAGGAUCCAAUGCCAUCUACUGGGCCUCUCGGCAUGGUCACGUGGAUACUCUGAAAUUUCUCAAUGAGAACAAAUGCCCUUUGGAUGUUAAAGACAAGUCUGGAGAGACAGCCCUUCAUGUGGCAGCCCGAUACGGACACGCGGAUGUGGUGCAGCUUCUCUGCAGCUUCGGUUCUAACCCUGAUUUCCAGGACAAGGAAGAAGAAACCCCCCUACACUGCGCUGCCUGGCAUGGCUAUUACUCCGUGGCCAAAGCCCUCUGUGAAGUUGGCUGCAAUGUGAAUAUCAAGAACCGGGAGGGAGAGACCCCGCUGCUGACAGCUUCUGCCAGGGGCUAUCAUGAUAUCGUGGAGUGUCUGGUUGGACAUGGAGCUGACCUGAAUGCCUCUGACAAGGAUGGACACAUUGCCCUUCAUCUCGCGGUGAGGCGCUGUCAGAUGGAGGUCAUCAAGACCCUCCUCGGCCAUGGGUGCUUCGUGGAUUUCCAAGACAGGCACGGCAACACACCCCUGCACGUGGCCUGCAAAGACGGCAGCGCACCUAUCGUGAUGGCCCUCUGCGAAGCCAGCUGCAAUCUGGACAUCUCAAACAAGUAUGGACGUACUCCUCUCCACCUUGCAGCCAACAAUGGGAUCCUGGACGUGGUCCGCUACCUCUGUCUGAUGGGCGCCAACGUGGAGGCUCUGACCUCGGAUGGCAAGACAGCUGAAGACCUCGCUAGGUCGGAACAGCACGAGCAUGUGGCGGGGCUCUUGGCAAGACUACGGAAGGACACACACAGAGGACUCUUCAUCCAGCAGCUCCGACCCACGCAGAAUCUCCAGCCAAGAAUCAAACUCAAACUGUUCGGCCACUCGGGGUCUGGGAAAUCCACACUGGUGGAGUCUCUCAAGUGUGGGCUGUUGAGGAGUUUCUUCAGAAGGCGCAGGCCCAGGCUCUCCUCCAUGAACUCCACCCGCUUCCCUCCAUCGCCCCUGGCUGCUAAGCCAACAGUCUCGGUGAGCAUUAACAACCUAUACCCCGGCUGUGAGAACGUGAGCGUGAGGAGCCGCAGCAUGAUGUUCGAGCCGGGCCUCACCAAAGGGAUGCUGGAAGUGUUUGUGGCUCCGUCCCAUCACCUGCACUGCUCGGCCGACGACCAGUCCACCAAGGCCAUCGACAUCCAGAACGCUUAUUUGAACGGAGUUGGUGAUUUCAGUGUAUGGGAGUUCUCUGGGAACCCCGUGUACUUUUGUUGCUAUGACUACUUCGCUGCCAACGAUCCCACAUCCAUCCAUGUCAUCGUUUUCAGUCUAGAAGAACCCUACGAGAUCCAACUGAACCAAGUGAUUUUCUGGCUCAGUUUCUUGAAGUCUCUGGUCCCAGUUGAAGAACCCAUAGCUUUUGGAGGCAAGCUGAAGAACCCACUCCGAGUUGUCCUGGUAGCCACACAUGCUGACAUCAUGAACAUCCCUCGGCCUGCUGGAGGCGAGUUUGGAUAUGAUAAGGAUAUAUCCUUGCUGAAAGAGAUCAGGAACAGGUUCGGGAAUGACCUCCAUGUCUCAAAUAAGCUGUUUGUGCUGGAUGCGGGUGCGUCUGGGUCUAAGGACAUCAAGGUUCUUCGGAAUCACCUGCAAGAAAUACGGAGUCAAAUUGUCUCUGGCUGCCCUCCCAUGACUCACCUGUGUGAGAAGAUCAUCUCAACGCUGCCCUCCUGGCGGAAACUCAACGGACCCAACCAGCUGAUGUCGCUGCAGCAGUUUGUGUAUGACGUGCAGGACCAGCUGAACCCCCUGGCCUCUGAGGAUGACCUCAGGCGCAUCGCGCAGCAGCUGCACAGCACGGGCGAGAUCAACAUCAUGCAGAGUGAGACGGUCCAGGACGUGCUGCUGCUCGACCCUCGGUGGCUCUGUACCAAUGUCCUGGGGAAGCUGCUCUCCGUGGAGACCCCGCGGGCCCUACACCAUUACCGGGGCCGUUAUACCACGGAAGACAUACAACGCCUGGUCCCCGACAGUGAUGUGGAGGAGCUACUACAGAUACUGGAUGCCAUGGACAUCUGUGCCCGGGACCUGAGUAGUGGGACUAUGGUGGAUGUUCCCGCUCUGAUCAAAACAGACAGCCUGCAGCGCUCCUGGGCGGAUGAGGAGGAUGAGGUGAUGGUGUACGGUGGGGUGCGCAUCGUCCCCGUGGAGCACCUCACUCCCUUCCCCUGUGGCAUCUUCCACAAGGUUCAGGUCAACCUGUGCCGGUGGGUCCACCAGCAGAGUGCCGAGGGUGACGCCGACAUCCGCCUGUGGGUGAGCGGCUGCAGAAUCGCCAACCGAGGCGCCGAGCUGUUGGUGCUGCUGGUCAACCACGGCCAGGGCAUCGAGGUUCAGGUGCGUGGGCUGGAGACGGAGAAGAUCAAGUGCUGCCUCCUGCUGGACUCGGUGUGCAGCACCAUCGAGAAUGUCAUGGCCACCACCUUGCCGGGGUUGUUGACAGUAAAGCACUACCUGAGCCCCCAGCAGCUGCGGGAACACCAUGAACCGGUCAUGGUCUACCAGCCCCGUGACUUCUUCCGCGCUCAGACCCUGAAGGAGAGCUCCCUUACCAACACCAUGGGAGGGUACAAGGAGAGCUUCAGCAGUAUCACCUGCUUCGGGUGUCACGACGUCUACUCACAGGCCAGUCUCGGCAUGGACAUCCACGCGUCAGACCUGAGUCUGCUGACCCGGAGGAAACUGAGCCGUCUGCUUGACCCACCCGACCCCAUGGGGAAGGACUGGUGCCUUCUGGCCAUGAACUUGGGCCUCCCAGACAUGGUGGCCAAGCACAACAUCAGCACCAGGUCGCCUAGGGAUUUCCUUCCCAGCCCAGCGCAUGCCUUGCUGCAGGAAUGGACCUCCUACCCCGAGAGUACGGUCGGCAUCCUCAUAUCCAAACUCCGGGAGCUGGGGCGCCGAGACGCUGCCGACUUCUUACUGAAGGCCUCCUCCGUGUUCAAGAUCAACCUUGAUGGCAAUGGCCAGGAGGCCUACGCCUCAAGCUGUAACAGUGGCACCUCAUACAAUUCCAUUAGCUCGGUGGUGUCCCGGUGAGGGCAGCCUUGGCUUGGGCAGGGCCUUUAUGGACUGAGAUGCAAGGGUGGUGGUGGUGGGGCUCCCCAUCCUUCUCAGUACAUUCCUUCUGCUUCUGAAGACAUCCCCCCCAUCCUGUUCCUUGCUUCCCUACCUCCAUUCCCCUCCCUCUCACGCAUCCCCCAGUCAAGAGCAGACCACAUGCUUCGCUUUGGCCACGCGGGAAGCUAGCCCCCCUCCUGUCAGUGUUUUGGACUCCAUCUCUCGUUCUCUAAUACCUUGCUUCAUAUUCAUAAUUUUAUUGGAAUUCCAAACUUUUCAAUGAAAAAAAUUUAAAGUUCCUUACCAAUUAUCCUUUUUUAAAAAAGAAAAAGAAAGAAAGGAGCAGACAUUUAUCCACAAUGUGUAUUUCUUACCUUUUCUCUGCUGUAGCAGCUCCUCAGCCUAUCUCUUUUAUAUUUGUAGGAGAGGCUCCCAUGCCUGGACCCCACUGUAUGAUUUAUAAACAGACAGUAUGUGAGUGCCUUUUGCAGAAGAGAGUGUGUUGAAAUCGUCUGAGUCAGCCCGGCGCUGUCACCAAGGAAAUGCUACCUCUCUGUCCCUUGCUGUGCGCUGAUCAUCGCCAGAGGUGCUUCACUCUGAGUUGUUGGUUUUGGUUUGGUAUUCUUCCCCCCCCCCCCUUUUUUUUUCUAGGGAGGGGGCUCUGUGUUUCAUUUGGCAAGGAAAGAGGAAAAAGGAAUCCUCCCCCCAGAGUGUUCAUGGCCAGUGUUGCUGUAAGAAGACAUCUUUUAAGUUGCUUUUGUUAAGACAUCCAUGUGAACAUACAUGUACAUGAAACCUACCGACCGUCAUGCCUCACCGCUCCCUCCCAUCUCAGGUAGAAGGUUGACACAGUGUAGGGUUAUGGAGACCCGUGUUAAGAAUUCCGAAGACCCCAGCUCAUAAUCUGUGGCAGUCCGUUGUCAUUGGCGCAUAGCAGAUGGGUCCUAUGUUGAGAUCCUGGUUUGAUCACUUCCUGUACUUGAAGUCUGAAAGAGAAAGAAAAGAGAAGAAACAAGUUUUCUUGGGGUGAUUGAGAUUGUGAUCGAAUUCUAAAUCACUAUGAAGGAACAUGUUUUAAUUCUGUCCUGAGAAGCAUGUUACGUUACCGUAUCAUCUGUACAUAUAUAUAUGCACUAUGUAUAUACAUAUAUAUUAAUACUGGUAUUUUUACUUAAUCUAUAAGAUGUCGUAAAAGAAUUAAGUUUGUUUUUUUUCUUUUGUUUUAUAAAUAAACUGUUGCGUAUUGCAUUUGAU